GGCAGUAAUUUACUUUUUAAUUUAUCAAUUAUCCAUUCUAUUGGUACCAUAUAGAGAUCUUCAUUGUUUUGAGUUAAUUGGGGUGUUGAUCAUUUUAUAUUAACUAAAUAUAGUAAUUGCAUUUUUAACUCUGGUCAAUCAAUUAUGGGUCAGCAAGCUUCAACUACGCCAAAGAUAACGGCUCAAGAUAGGGCUAUCUAUCAGAUGAAGCAGCAAAGAGAUAAGUUGAAACAAUACCAAACUCGACUCUCUACAGUUAUAGAUAGACAAAAUAAUCUUGCCAAGGAAGCCAUUUUAAGGAAAGACUUGGACCGAGCAAAAUUCUAUUUGAGAUCAAAGAAACAACAAGAAACAACCAUUUCUAAGACAUAUGAGCAGCUUGAUAACCUUGAAAAAUUGAUUGGAACGAUUGAAUUUAAAGUUAUAGAAAAGGAUGUGAUGUAUGGAUUACAACAAGGGAACGAAGUGUUAAAGAAAUUAAACUCUGAAAUGAGUAUGGAUAAAUUAGAUAAGAUUCUAGAUGAUCUUGAAGAUGAAAGAGUGAAGGUGGAUGACGUACUGGAUAUGUUAGGAAUGGGCUCUUUAACUAAUGGAGAUGAGCUUGAGGUUGAAGAAGAACUCGCACGUCUUGAGGAACAAGUCACUGGGAAAUCCAAAAUUAAUCAAUCAUUGGAUCUUCCUGAUGCUCCUAAAGUUUCUAUUCUACCAGAAGCUCCAAGUGGGAAGCUUGAGUCUAACAAGAAAAAUUCGGAGAAGGCAAGUUCUUUAGAAGAACUGCAACCUAUUGCUGCAUAGUACAUUUUAUAUAUAGCAAUUAUAUUAAAAAUGACCAUUUUUAUUAUUUAUUUAUUUAUAUAGAUAUAUACAAGUGAAGAAAGAGGAUGCUGGAUAUUAAUCAGGAUAAGUUCGAUUUAGU